AUGGAUCUUAUAAAUAAUCUUUCUGAUCGUCUUCUUUUUGCCAUACCCAAGAAAGGCCGUCUUCACGAGCAAUGUAUUACUCUACUUCGGGGAGCCGAUAUUAAUUUUCAUCGCCACAAUCGACUUGAUAUUGCUCUAGUCCAGAAUCUUCCUAUUGCUAUUAUAUUCCUUCCGGCCGCGGAUAUAGCAAAAUACGUCGGUGAAGGAAAUGUUGAUUUGGGCAUCACUGGUCAGGAUAUGGUUUCCGAAUCACAGGUUGAAGACAAGAUCGAUAAAAUUUUAGAGUUAGGUUUCGGUAAGUGCAAGCUACAAGUUCAAGCACCAGAUAAAGGCGGUCCCACAAAAGUUGAAGAAUUGGUGGGGAAAAGGAUUGUUACAAGUUUCGAAGUUUUGGCCGGAAGAUACUUUGAAGAACUGGAUAAGAAAUAUUUAAGCGAAGAUGAAAGGAAUGCUGGAAUUAAGACAAAGAUUCAGUAUGUAAGUGGAAGCGUCGAAGCAGCAUGCGCUCUUGGUUUGGCCGACGGAAUUGUUGAUUUAGUGGAAUCUGGGGAAACGAUGAGGGCGGCUGGUUUACAUCCUCUUAUCACAAUUCUCCAUACACAGGCAAUUCUAAUUCGCAACAAACAUUCUUCAAAUCCUUCGCUCAUCUCAAAAAUCACUGCUCGCAUUAAAGGUGUAAUAGCCGCACAGAAAUAUGUGUUACUUAAUUAUAAUAUUUCACGUGCUAAUAUCAAGGAGGCUACGAAAAUUACUCCUGGUAGACAAGCGCCUACCAUCAGUCCAUUAGAGAAUGGAGAAUGGGUAGAAAUACAGAGUAUGGUUGUAAAAGAGGAGGUCGCCAGUAUCAUGGAUAGAUUAGAAGAAAUCGGUGCAAAAGAUAUUUUGGUUUUUAAAAUUGAUAAUUGCAGGGUUUAA